AAGUCCCGCGGCCAUCACCACAGAGCUCGCGCUCGGCUGGCGGGCUAGAGGGGCUCGUUUCCGCCCGCCACUGGGCGGGAGCGGCCAUCUUAGUGGCGCGCAAUUGAGGACUGUGGCGGGAUUGGCUCCGCGUCUGGGCUCGCCUGCUGCUCCCCACCUACCAGGGUCGGAUCCGGAGCCCUUCCCCCGGGGCGGGCACCUCCCCGCGGCGGACUCCUUUGCAGCUGCAGAAACACUUGCAUUCUGGAAAUAGCGACCCAGUAUCAUGGCCAGCAGCCUUAAUGAAGACCCAGAAGGAAGCAGAAUCACUUACGUGAAAGGAGACCUUUUUGCAUGCCCCAAAACAGACUCGCUAGCCCACUGCAUCAGUGAGGAUUGCCGCAUGGGCGCUGGGAUAGCCGUGCUCUUCAAGAAGAAGUUCGGAGGGGUGCAGGAACUGUUAAAUCAGCAGAAGAAAUCUGGAGAAGUGGCCGUUCUGAAGAGAGAUGGGCGCUACAUAUAUUAUUUGAUUACAAAGAAAAGGGCUUCUCACAAGCCAACUUACGAAAACCUACAGAAGAGUCUAGAGGCCAUGAAGUCCCACUGUCUCAGGAAUGGUGUCACUGACCUCUCCAUGCCCAGGAUUGGAUGCGGUCUUGAUCGUCUGCAGUGGGAAAAUGUAUCUGCGAUAAUUGAGGAGGUGUUUGAGGCUACAGAUAUCAAAAUUACCGUGUACACCCUCUGAACAGAUGCGCAUUUUGGGUGUGUCUCUGACCCCCUGUGUCAUCCCUGCUGGGCCAUAGGACUGGCAAACUGACCUUAAAACGGGCAGAGAGAAACUUCGUGUGGUUUGUCACAGGCCAGACUUGGGUUGUUGUACUCCAGUUCUUGGACUGUGGGACUCUGGAAGAGGGGUUUUGUGGGCGAGGUGGCCAUGUUUUUCACAGGGUCUUAAGGAGUAGGUGGCCUGGUGCUCGACUGGGAAGCCAGUUCCGACCUGUCUUUUGCAGUAUGCUAUGUGGGUUGUUUGGCUGGCCACUAGGUGCCAGCAUUGAUUCUGCUUCUCAGCUUUUUGAGAGAAAUUUCAGGCAGGAUGGAUGUUUGCAUUGGUUUGAUACCUUUUGUCUUGUGCACUGAAUUUGGUAUUAUCCGAAAGUCAUCACAUUCAUCCUAGGAGAGAAAUGCAGGUUUUGUUUCUAGUUACAAAAUUGAGUUCUAUAUUGCUAACAAAUUUAUGGUGACAAAAACAAAAAAUAAAUCUUGGGGUUCACUGAAGCUCUGUGCUCAUGUCUGUGUUGUUCUGGACUUGAGUAACAGGAUUCAGCUGUAACUUAAUUUUGAGGUAUCAUGGUGGUCGGUGGGAAGAGUACAAGGUGAGAAAUAUGAACGGAUAAGAACCACACAUCAGCGUAGCCAAGAGGCAGGUUUUCUGGGUGUCCUCAUAAUGAGCUUUUCCUCUUCUGCCCCAUUGUUUCUGUGAUUGAACUUGUCUGAAUUUAAUCGUGAAACAGAAGAAAUGGUACACGGUACGUGUCUGGCAGUGCUUAGCCUGGAGAAGUGACUCAGCCACUCUGUGGUUCUCAACAAAUAAUUCAAAAAAAAUUAAGGCCACUUUUUCUUAAAAAUUUCUAAUUUGGCGGCAGGGUUAGGUAGUCAGGUUUCUCUGUUUUUAACUGCCUCAGAAGAUCUUGAUAGACAGCCCGUUGAUCUCAAGAACACUGAAUAAAUACUCGUUGACCAUUUUUCUGAAGCCCAGAGGACAGGUGCUUUUGUUCUCAUGGGGGUCUAAAGUUGAUGAAGUCAGCCAGUGGUUCAGGCCCAGAACUGCUGCCCGGCUAGGCCUCCCCCACCCCCUUCCUGGAGUGGUGUUAAAGCCGCUGCCAGACUGCCUAUUGAUUUUCUCCCUGGGGCCUGUUCCGGGUCCCUCACGGGACUUGCUGCACUCCCAGUGUAAAAGAACAGCAGGCUUUAGAGGGGACUUACUGGACAGCAGGAAGGCACUGGUUAAAUCUAAUCUUUGUACUUUAGACUUGUAUUCUUAGCACAUUUCAGCCUGAUAGAAGGCAGCAGUUUCAAAUGCAUUCCACUCUGGUAUCUGUGUGGAACAGACACGUUCUGUGUGUUGGAAUAGGAGCAGUGCAGGGGCAAGUUCAUUAUCAGACUUUUUAUCUGUCCUCACAAACUUGAAAAGAGGAAGAGAAUGUCUAAACACAAAAUUUAAAAAGUGGGGUGAUAAAUGGACACUUAAAGAAGUAUUUUGUUUAAUUCUAUGCAAAUAAAUCUCAACACUUGGGUCAAAACAUUGGUUUCCUAGACUUCCUUUA